AUGCCCCUCGAGUCCCGCAGCUGGAUCCUCCUCGCCGUCUCCUGGCCCCUCUGCGCGCUCAGCACCCUCCUGGUCACCCUCCGCAUCCUCGUCCGCACACACCUCCUCCGCUCCUUCGGCUGGGACGACACCGCGAUCCUCCUCGCGCUCCUCUGCGCGAUAAUCAACACAAUCCUCGUAACAAUAAGUGCGCACUGCGCACCACGGGACGGGCCGGCACGCCGCAGACCUCACUCCAUACCAGGUCAUGGAAUCCACGAAAUGCAACUGGCUCUCGCAGCGGUUCCACGUCAUGUCGACGAACUGGGGCAAGGUCUCUGUGGGACUGUUUCUGCUGAGGAUUAUCCAAAAGUGUGCGCCGACGCCUGUGGGCUUUGGGAUCAAGCGGUGCAUGGCGAGUGUUGGGAUCCGCAGGUUCAGAGGGAUUAUGCGUUUUUUCAGGGGUCUGCAUCCGCCUUCUCGGACCUUGUCCUCGCCGUAUACCCGCUCUUCACAAUCUACCACCUGCAGAUGCCACCGAGGCUGAAAAUCGCCCUUGGGAUCCUGCCUUCGCUAGGAAUCAUCGCCAUGACCGCCGCAAUAAUAAAAACCAUCAACCUCUCCUGCCUGACAAGCCGCUCCGACUACCCGUGGGACACCGUCAACCUCGUCAUCUGGAUCGCCAUCGAGCAGUACCUGAUCAUCGUGGCGGCGUUCAUCCCGCCACUGGCGCCACUGGUAAAUAUCGCCCAGCGCUGCAGCAAGGAGGAUAGCAGUUCGAAAGCGAAUCUCGCCGGUACUAGGCCCGGAAGUUCCACGACGCCGAAGCAUUUCUUCUUCUCGCCGUAUACCAGUGCGCAGGCGGACGAGGCCAUGUAUCCGCUUUCGUGGGCGCGGUCGGAGACGGCGAGUCGGGGGAUGGGGAGUGGGAGGUUGAGCGGUGCGAGUGGUAGUGACAAUGUGAGUCGUGGAAAUGGGGGAGGCAGUGGCACUGGGUCUAGGACUGGGACUGCCAGCGAGGAUCCGGUCGCGGUGGCGCGCGACGGGCGGGGGAUUCUAAUGACGACGGAGAUUUGCGUCCAGUCGGAAUAUGGGGGGCCAGUGGGCGGGGAGGGCCAGGCUAGGCGGGCUUGA